AUGAAAGCGGUAUUUGAUACUCUAGACGCAGAGUUUGAAAAAGGAAAAACAAAUGUUAAUUCUGCGCUCGAGUAUUCCGAGAAGAUCACAAAGAAAAUAUCGUCAAUGGUACACUAUUACUCUAAAAUUGUUAAACAAAUAUCGAAAGUUGCUGGAAGUCAAACGGAUAUCGAGAAUAAUAUAAAGAAUAUAGAGGCUAAUGAACGGCUUUUUGUUGCACCUGGCUUCCCAGGAACACAAACGCAAUUCUUCCUUACAUAUUUUGACGUACUAAAGAAGGUUUUACUUCGCCUGGACGAUUUCUCAUCAGGACUUAAGAAGAAUGUUGUUGAUCAGCUAGCUGCUGUCAAUGAAUCGGUAGCAAAUAACAUUAAAUCAGUUUUGAACGAUCAUCAGCUUGCUAUCAGUUACAGGGCCAACAGUCUUAUAGCUCUUAAAGAUUCGUACGCAUAUACCUUGCAACAGCAAGAAAAACUCGAAAAACUGUAUAAACAUUACGAAUCUAACCCAUCUCAAAAGAAUGACACUGAACUUAGAGACGCUUGUGAAGCAUUCCGAAAACAGAACUUCCUUUUAAGGCAGGCAUACCAGCAGCUCUACAAAGCUCACCAACAAUAUAUGAAGUCAGUUUUUAGUACUCUUGGACGUCUAAAAAUUGCAGAAAUCAGACGUGGUGCCCAAAUCAAGAAGAUUUUAUGCAAUUUUACCCCUACAACUACUAAUCUUAUUACAUUAGACGGAAUUCCAAAAGAUGAGGAAGUAGAGCAUCUCUGGACUCAAGAUAUUGUUAAUUUCUUCAUCAAAAAUGGUAUUGUCCGUACAACAUAUAUUCCUAUCAAACUUACGCCUCAUAAAUUCUCAUUCAACGACUCAAGAUUAAAUAUUCCUCCGGCUCUCAAAUUCCAAUAUACAAAGACAUUCCCGAUAUCAUACGGGGUAUGUACUGCAGAUUUCAAGGCUCAGGAUAACUCAAAAGGGAUUUCUGUAGCUAAAGAAGAAAGAGUUUACAUUUUCGAUAAUUUAACUGCAGAAUGGAGCUACAUCAAGACCAAGAAUGGAGAAGGAUUCGUUCCUUCAGACAUUGUGAUGCCAAUUGGCGCAAAAUACGCAAUUGUCGUAAAUACAAAUCUUGGUCUUGACGAUACGAUCAAAGCCCAGGCUGGAGAGCUCUUAAUUGUUCAUAAGAGAAAAGGAAAAUACGUCUAUGAGAAUAUCGAAGGAGAAAAAGGCGUAAUUCCUGAAGAAAACGUUGUUCACAUCAGAUAA